AUGACAACCAGAGGCUGUGCACUUUGCGAGUUAAUUGCCAAGGCUAUACAGUCAUACCUUGAAAUUUCUGGCAAGAGUGACGAGGUCAGACGGGCUCAGACUUCGGCAUACAUACAAUUACAUCAGAAACACGGCCAUCGCAUGGUUGUAUUGGGUUUCAAACCCGCUGGUCGAAGAUUUGUCCAUAUCGGACUGGCCAAUACUCGAAGAUCGACUCCCUCAGAAUGCAUCAUUCAAAAUUUAGUCAACUGGGACCGAACACAAGGAUGGCUCAACCACUGCAUCCAGGAACACCGCUGCAAAAGAUCUGAGCACUCAGCUGUGCCGGAAGGAUUCCGACUUAUUGAUGUGGAUAAUCGAUGCGUUACAUCUGAGUUUGGACAACAGGUGAAACUCGGAGUCGACAUCAAUUUUGUUGCCCUCAGUUACGUUUGGGGGGGAAGCAAUGUCUCUCGAGAUAAUGCACUAUUGAAGUCCAACAAGUCCGAGUUCGAAGCAGCUGGUGGCCUGAAGAAAGGUAAGGUGCCGCAAGCUAUUGAGGACGCCAUCACGAUAUGCAAGCGGCUGAAGCAGCGCUACCUCUGGGUAGACCGAUUCUGCAUCAUCCAGAACAACGAAGAUGGAGGAGAGAAACAGCGGCAAAUCAACGCAAUGGGCGAAAUCUAUUCUUCAGCCGAAUUUACCAUUAUUCAUGCAAGCGGGGAGAGUAUACAUUGCCCGAUCCUAGGCGUUUCUAAGGAACGCAAGGUCCUCCAAUCCAAGAAACUAGUCUUCACGUCUUUCGAAGUUUGGUUCGAAUGCAAUGACCCAGACGAUCCAUGUCGACGAGAGGACCAGUUCUCAGCUUGGGUGGAGAGCGAGAAUGGCGGAUAUAAAGAAAGAAUCGCACAAUUCCGUAUAAACCUCUUCUCUCGCUGGGAUAAAUUUGCUUUCACGAACUUUGUCCGCCACCUGGAGUCAUACACAGCACGAUCUCUCACAAACCAAGCUGAUAUAUUGAACGCCUUCACGGGUGUCCUGGCGUCUGUCUAUCAAGGCGAAAGGUGCUUUCAUGGACUGCCCGAGGCUGAUUUUGACCAAGCCCUGCUUUGGUACUGUAAGGAUAACGACAGACCGACGCGAUCCGGCGAAGAUUGCCCCUCCUGGUCAUGGACCUCAGUUAGUGAGGAAGUCACUGGUCCAGUGAUCAAUUCCUUCGCCGGAUUCGUAGGAACACUCGUUUGGUGGGCUUAUCGGGAUCCGGAGACAGGCCUCAGGGCUAUCAAAGCAUGCAACAGCCUUCAGCCAAGACCAGAACCAAUAAAUAGGUCGAUUCCUUCACGGAGUGCGCGUUCCGGGCAACAGCAGACGGUGCAGACGCCGGACUAUAGUCCACAAAUUCACCUCCUUCUUGCAUGGUGGAAAGGUUGCAUUGAGGCCCCUGUUCCGGACGAUCUGGAUCAGCAGCUUGAGAAUUACUCCGAAGAGUCAUAUUCAGGCAUUGCAGACCGGUGGCCAAGUCUUGAGAAAGUCUGGGACGAUAUCAGAAGUGCCCGAAACGCCGGGCCAGAAGAGUUCAUAGAUUUCAGCAUUGGCCUCAGAAAAGAAGACCAACCACUGAUUGAUCAGCUACCUAGCCGUGCCCUGUUGACUCGCACACAAACGGCUCGAUUCACGGUUUCAAGAAAACAGGAUGACCGUUCUUCUCGCGAUCUAUCCAUUGUGGAUGCAGAUGGCAAGCGUAUAGGAAAGAUUGAGGGCCAGGAUGGGAGCGUGACUGGUCUCACGCUCACCGAGUCAAAAGAAUCACAGGAACUAUGUGAGUUUAUGGCCAUCUCUUUGUCACAGAACCGCGACAAGCCUGGCGGCGGCUGGAUGUUUCCUGGGCGUCUUGAUGAGGAAAGCAAGUUAUGUUCUAUGCAUAAUCGGCUGUUCCAUGGCUAUAGCAGGGUCAAGGACGGGUAUGGACAGCCGGUGGUGAAUGCCCUGCUGAUCGGUCGCACGGAGCAGCCAUGGCUUGCACACCGAAUUAGUGUUGGUUGGGUCUACCUUGCAGAUUGGUGCAAAGCACAGCGUGAGUUCAAAACGAUUGCUUUAGAGUAA